UCCCUCGUCAAGAAAAUUCUAUUUCAGUGGAUUGACGAAAGAAUUAACUGGGACUAUGAGCUUUAUGGAAACAUAUCAUAUAUAACAUUGGGAUGGGUAGAUGUAUGGACCCCAAUAUUUCGUGUGGCUAAUCCACACGCCGAGGCACUACAUAAACAUUCAGAUCUAUCAACGGAAAGUGUCUUUUACAACAAUGAUGGAAUCGGAUUUUUUGAUCAGAUGGUCACCACAAAGACUACUUGUGAUCUUGACAUGUCAUACUUUCCAUUUGAUAUUCAGACUUGUCAUAUCAAAAUGUACAUAAUUGGCAACAAUAAAUUUGAUUUUACGUUAUAUGUUGAAUGGGACACGGGAACUGUAUCAGAAAGCAGAAAUGGCGCAUGGACUCUUGUAGGGAAGAACUAUUCAGUUGAUGACAAUUUAGAAAUGAUUGACUUGGAACUUUCAUUUGAACGGCGACCAUUGUUUCUGCUAUUAAACAUUUUUCUUCCAAUUAUUGUGUUAGCCCUUUUGACACCCAUUGUUUUUGCUUUGCCGAAGCACUCGGGAGAGCGUGUUGGUUAUUCGAUAACAAUGCUUUUGGCAAUUUCGGUUUACAUGACAAUUAUAAGCGACAAUUUACCUCAAAAUUCAGACCCGAUGCCCUUGGUUUCGAUCAUGAUGUUUAUUUGGUACAUCCUGGAUUCUGCUAUCGUGUUUAUAGUCAUUAUUAAUACCAAGAUAUACAACAUAAAAGAAAACAAACCCGUGCCACUACUAGCACGCAAAUUUGUACAUCUUACCCGAAUAAUCACGUGUGAGAAAGCUCAGAAUGAAAAUGAAACUUCAGAGGGCAAAGGUGAAUCCCAGAGCACUGAGGCAAAUACCGAAGAUUGUAGCACUGCGUUGGACCGGGACGACUGUUCUAGUCAUGCCAAUAUCAAGUGGUCACAUGUAAGCACUGCCAUUGAUAAAUGGUUCUUUGUCAUUUCCUAUGCUUUUAAAAUUUUGAUUCCUAUAAUUUUCUUUUCAAUGGCAAAGGCUAACAGUAAACCACCUGAAAACUAAGGUUUGUUUUACAAAUUUUGUAACAACAUGGUCUUAUACCAUUAUGAUUUAUUUUUCAGUUAAAUACGAUAAUCUCAAGAGUUAGUUAUUCUGCUUUUGUAUGGUAACUUGAAAAAGAGAAUCGUUCUAUUGCGGAUUGUUUUGACUGUUUGUGUUUGGUUGCUGUUCUAUUAUAGUAUAGGAUGUUGCUUAUAUAAAAAUAAAG